AAUAGAUAUACAUUCCAAAAUUUGAAAAUUACCAUCAUCCAAGCAACCAAUCAUAUUCCAUUUUCUAACACAUUAAUCAAAUGAAAUAUGUGUAAUAAUCAAAAAUGGAAAUUUCAAAUGUCCAAUCAAAUUGUUACACACCAAAAGCUUUUGCAAUAAAUUGAGUAAGUCUGUACAAAUUGAGCCAUAACGCUAAAGUAUCAGAAAGGAGUACAUUUUAGUGAAUUAAUUGCUUUAAAUUGUUUAUUCGAGAUGAAGGGUGUGUUUUUGCCUCUCAUAGCAUUGAUACUUUACGUAUCAUCAGUGGAUGCAAGUCACAAUGAUCCACCAGAGUUUUUUUGUGGUGAACAAAUUGACAUAAACCCUAAUAAUGAGGUUGAAAUUACAACACCGAACUUUCCCGAUAAGUAUCCACACAGGGUUAAUUGUACAUGGACGUUCUGCUCCGUGAAUCAAAUGCACAUAAUUGUUUUGGACUUCUUCAUAUUUCAAACAGAAAGAGACAACAAUUGUGACGAUUAUGAUUAUGUCAAUAUUUUUGACGGCGAAUACAUAGGACCUAAUCUUAUUGCCACAUUUUGUGGUGAUAAUUACUGUGAAGGAUAUCAGAGUGGAUUUUACCCAUUGGAAGAAGUUGAGAGCACAGGAAGAUGUAUGACACUCUACUUUCGUACAGAUGGUUCUACCCGACACCUAGGUUUCCUAGCAAGGAUUAAUUCUAUGCCUGGAAGCAUGAAGAAACAGAAAGGGACGGUCAUUGAUGGAACUCCAAGAGACAAUGGCCCUAAAAUAAGAAAAUCAUGCAAGCAAUUUAAACUCAAACAUGGGCAGAAAGCUUCAAGUGGUCCAAUUGUGAAUGAGGAAAAGUCCCCAGUGUUUUAUAAAUGCACUUAUGAAGGACUCCAGACGACCUUUGCAAAGCAUGAAAAAAGACAUUUACUCCUUGACAAGAAACCUUAUCAAUGUCGAUUUUGUAAAGAGAAAUUUAGCAGGAAAGCAUACCUGGAUAGCCAUAUGUAUAAACACACAG